AAACAUUUGUAUUUGUAAAAAGCAAACCGACGAGCGGAUAAGGCGGAAUACCUGAAGAGCAGCAGCGAAAAACACGAAAAGCCAGAAACAGAAACCAAAAACCCAAACCGAAACCGAAACAACUCGAACUUCGUGUGCAGUGUGGCAAACUCAAAAAGAAACUGAAACAGAUAACAUAAGAAACCGAAAGAAGCAGCAGCAGCGAAUCGAAGCGUAAAAAAAAAACAGAGCAAAUUGAAAGAAGCACAAAACAUAACACAACAAAUUUAAAUAAAAUCCAGCGCAAACAGCGACAGAAAAGUUAUUCCGGAAAACGCGCGGAAAAGUGCAUUUCGAAUUUCAUUAAUUUUUUUUCGAGUGAAAGUUGGGCGCCCCAGGCCCAACAACGCCCACAAUGAACCGUUCGAACAGCUUUGUCAGCUCGCUGAAAUGGUGGCCACUGCAGGGUCACAACAACCAGCCGGUGGCGCCACCUGCCGGCGGCAACGGCGGCUACUCCCAAUCGGCGCCCAGCUCGCCCACCUCCAAUUGGCCACCGCCACUGCAGCAGCAUCAGAAUCCCAUAGCCGGCACCGCCCACCGCCUACUGCCGCCCAGCGGGCAAAAGAAUGGGAUUGCUGGCGGCAACGUGGGCGCCACAUUCGGCAGCAGUGUGGCGGUGCAAAAGCUGCGCGAAUCCAAGUGGUUCAAGCCCGAGGAGCAGCGCAUCUUUUGCGCCGUCGUCGAGUGCGGCUUCGUGGUCGAGAUCCGCAGCAGCGCCGCAGCCGAGGCGGCCGCAGCUAACGCAGCAGCAGCGGCCGCAGCAGCCGACACCGGUGACAACGACCUCGACGUGGACGCUCUGGAGGAGCUCGACUGCCCACUGACCAACCACCCAUCGCCGCCGCAUCGCAAUCACAGCCACAGCCAAAUCCAAAACCAAUCCCAGCGGCUGGUCAUCCCGCGCAACGGGAGCAGUUUCCUGGAGACGCAGGACGAGAACGAGACGCCAGUCGCCUCCUGGUAUGGAAUCGUGCUCUGCAAGGUGGCCAAAGACAAUAAACCCAAGCCGGAGACCAUUGAGAUAUUUUCUGUGAAAAUACGUGAGAAUGGCACAUACAAGUUGAUCAAGAUGCAGCUGGCGGAUAUCUGGAGUCACGGAUGGGAGCUGCGCAUCAACAACUUUGCCGACAAGGAGAAGGUGCCGCACAACGAGAAGGACAUUCGCAAUCAGGUGUCGGUGGCGCGCAAAGCCAAGCAGAGUCUGUGGAACAACAAUAAGCAUUUCGUGUACUGGUGCCGCUACGGAAGUCGUCAGCAGGAUCUGCGGAAGCGACAGAUGUCGGAGUGCGUGAAGUGGGGCAGCGUGGGCAUGAAUGCGGGCAUGCUGUUGGUGCUCAAUAAUCGGCAGAAAUGCCAUUCCCACUCCAAGUAGAACGAACGAUAAGCCAGCACUCCUCCUUGAGUUCAGUUCCAUUUCAAAAUCCGCACGCAAAGCACUGAAGUCGUGCGGCGUACAAGUCAAGUAUUAAUGUAUUUAAAUUCGGAUGAUAAGAUUAUUUAUGGUAUGGCUUAAGAGCACCAAGGGCGGUGGACCUUAAACCUUAAAUGCAAAUGAGUUAGCCAGGAAAAUUCAAAUCAGGGCGAGGGCUUUUUUUGGCAGUAUUAAUUGUAGUAAUAUUGAUUAUGAUAAUGGCAAUUUAGAGCAAAGUCCGCGAAUCAUGCCCCACAAUAUGCGUCACAGUCACAAAGAACACACCCCCGCCCACAAAUCUAUGACCAUAUGUAUAUAUGCAUAUAUGUAUGAUGAACCAGCGGUUGCAACUCCUCGUCGAGUUGCAAUUUUGCGAUUUAUAGGAAAUACUUUUGUAUUUGCUAAACAAACAUUGUGUAUAAUGAUGACACAGAACGAGAGAGAGAGACACACACACACACACACACUGUGAAAUUCGAAAAGACUUAUUAAAUAUUUGUUUGUUUUUUUUUUCGUCCUAACUUUUUGUUUUCCAUGUGAUUGAUUAUAUAUAUUUAUAUACAUUGUGAAAAUGGCACAAAGCAUCUUAUGCAAGGCAGCCUCUUUUUGUUUUCUUUGUUAUUUAAGCGUAAUUAAGUAAUACCCAUUAAAAAAAAAAAACAAAUAUAUUUAUAUAUAUAUAUAUCGAGCGACAGCUCCGCGUAGCCAGCUUAAUAAUUUAACAAUCUAGCAUUGUAAAACAAUCAAAAACAUUCGAAAUGUUUCGUUAUGUAUUUAGCCUGUCCAAAAGACCGACCGACCGACGAAUUAAGUUAAACAGCGACUAAGACGACGACUUAGAAACAAAAACAGAAACAUAAAACAGAAGCUCCUCCAGAAAUUCGAAGCAAAAAUAAAUAUUUUUGUACAUAAGGAACUGAAAUGGACACUCCACGGAUUCUACAAAUACGUAAAAAUCGAAAUCAAAGAGGAGUUCGCAUCCCA